CCCGCCCCGAGGGAGAGCCGCGGAGCGGCGGGAGGAGGAGGUGGAGGAGGCGGAGGAGGGAGUCCGCGAGGGAGGGUCCGCCCGGCCCCCCGCCGCCGGAGCUGCCGCCGCCGCCUCAGCUGCCGCUGAACGAGGAGCAGCAGAACAUGGCGCCGGGGCCGCCGUCGCCGCUGCCGAGAUCCCGGAGGCCAGGGCCGCGCUGAGGGCGCCCAGCUGGAAGAAAUGUUGGCUAUUUGGUGAUGAGAAGUGGCAAAAACUAACCUCGUACUGGUAUACAAGCACGAUGAGAUCUGACACUUUUGCUUCGUGGGCAGCCGGCCCCCACUGAUAAUGUGGGGAAGCCAUUGGGUCCACUGGAAAACACUAAUCUGAUCUUGGAAGUAGCUGGUUGUGGCAGGAUGUGUCGACGAUGAUGAUGGCAAGAAAGCAAGAUGUCCGCAUUCCCACCUACAACAUCAGUGUGGUGGGAUUGUCUGGGACGGAGAAGGAGAAGGGCCAGUGCGGCAUUGGGAAGUCUUGUUUGUGCAACCGCUUUGUGCGCCCGAGUGCUGACGAGUUUCACUUGGACCAUACCUCUGUCCUCAGCACCAGUGACUUUGGUGGGCGAGUGGUCAAUAAUGACCACUUUCUCUACUGGGGAGAAGUUAGCCGUUCCCUGGAGGACUGUGUGGAAUGUAAGAUGCACGUUGUGGAGCAGACUGAAUUCAUUGAUGAUCAGACUUUUCAACCUCACCGGAGCACGGCCCUGCAGCCCUAUAUCAAGAGAGCUGCUGCAACCAAGCUCGCAUCAGCUGAAAAACUCAUGUACUUUUGCACUGACCAGCUGGGGCUGGAGCAGGACUUUGAGCAGAAACAAAUGCCAGAUGGAAAGCUGCUAAUUGAUGGUUUUCUUCUUGGUAUUGAUGUUAGCAGGGGCAUGAAUAGGAACUUUGAUGACCAGCUCAAGUUUGUCUCUAAUCUCUACAAUCAGCUUGCAAAAACAAAAAAGCCCAUAGUGGUGGUCCUGACUAAGUGUGAUGAGGGUGUGGAGCGGUACAUUAGAGAUGCGCAUACUUUUGCCUUAAGCAAAAAGAACCUCCAGGUUGUGGAGACCUCAGCAAGAUCCAAUGUAAAUGUGGACUUAGCUUUCAGCACCUUAGUGCAACUCAUUGAUAAAAGUCGGGGAAAGACGAAAAUCAUUCCUUAUUUUGAAGCUCUCAAGCAGCAGAGUCAGCAGAUAGCUACAGCAAAAGACAAGUAUGAGUGGCUGGUGAGUCGCAUUGUGAAAAACCACAAUGAGAAUUGGUUGAGUGUCAGCCGAAAGAUGCAGGCCUCUCCAGAGUACCAGGACUAUGUCUACCUGGAAGGGACUCAGAAAGCCAAGAAGCUAUUUCUCCAGCACAUCCAUCGCCUCAAGCAUGAGCAUAUUGAGCGCAGGAGGAAGCUGUACCUGGCAGCCCUCCCGCUAGCUUUUGAAGCUCUUAUACCCAAUCUAGAUGAAAUAGACCACCUAAGCUGCAUAAAAGCCAAAAAGCUCUUGGAGACCAAGCCAGAAUUCUUGAAGUGGUUUGUUGUGCUUGAAGAGACACCGUGGGAUGCCACCAGCCACAUUGACAACAUCGAGAACGAGCGGAUUCCCUUUGACUUAAUGGAUACCGUCCCUGCGGAGCAGCUGUACGAGGCCCACUUAGAGAAGCUGCGGAACGAGAGGAAAAGAGCUGAGAUGAGAAGGGCAUUCAAAGAAAACCUGGAGACCUCUCCUUUCAUAACUCCUGGAAAGCCUUGGGAAGAGGCCCGCAGUUUUAUUAUGAAUGAAGAUUUCUAUCAGUGGCUAGAAGAAUCUGUAUACUUGGAUAUUUAUGGCAAACACCAAAAGCAAAUUAUAGACAAAGCAAAGGAAGAGUUUCAGGAGCUGCUUUUGGAAUAUUCGGAAUUGUUUUAUGAGCUGGAGCUGGAUGCUAAGCCCAGCAAGGAGAAGAUGGGUGUCAUUCAGGAUGUUCUGGGGGAGGAACAGCGAUUUAAGGCACUACAGAAGCUCCAAGCGGAGCGUGAUGCCCUUAUUCUGAAGCACAUUCAUUUUGUGUACCACCCAACAAAGGAAACAUGCCCUAGCUGCCCCGCCUGUGUGGAUGCUAAGAUCGAGCACUUGAUUAGUUCUCGGUUUAUCCGACCAUCUGACCGGAAUCAGAAAAAUUCACUUUCUGACCCCAACAUUGAUAGAAUCAACUUGGUGAUCUUGGGCAAGGAUGGCCUUGCACGAGAGUUGGCCAAUGAGAUUCGAGCUCUUUGUACAAAUGAUGAUAAGUAUGUAAUAGACGGUAAAAUGUAUGAGCUCUCCCUGAGGCCAAUAGAAGGGAAUGUCAGGCUUCCUGUGAACUCUUUCCAAACACCAACGUUUCAGCCCCAUGGUUGUCUCUGCCUUUACAAUUCAAAGGAGUCUCUAUCCUAUGUGGUGGAGAGUAUAGAGAAGAGCAGAGAGUCCACACUUGGCAGGCGAGAUAAUCAUUUAGUCCAUCUCCCUCUGACCUUAAUUUUGGUUAACAAAAGAGGAGACACCAGUGGAGAGACCCUGCAUAGCUUAAUACAGCAAGGUCAGCAGAUUGCUAGCAAACUUCAGUGUGUCUUUCUCGACCCUGCUUCCGCUGGCAUUGGUUACGGACGCAACAUUAACGAAAAGCAAAUCAGUCAAGUUUUGAAAGGACUUCUGGACUCCAAGCGUAACUUAAACCUGGUCAGUUCUACGGCUAGCAUCAAAGAUCUGGCUGAUGUUGACCUGCGAAUUGUCAUGUGUCUGAUGUGUGGAGAUCCUUUUAGUGCAGACGACAUACUCUUUCCUGUCCUUCAGUCCCAAACCUGUAAGUCUUCCCAUUGCGGAAGCAACAACUCUGUUUUACUUGAACUACCAAUCGGACUACACAAGAAGCGCAUUGAACUGUCUCUUCUUUCAUACCAUUCCUCAUUUAGCAUCAGAAAAAGCCGAUUGGUCCAUGGGUACAUUGUUUUCUAUUCAGCCAAACGUAAGGCCUCCUUGGCUAUGUUACGUGCCUUUCUUUGUGAAGUGCAGGAUAUUAUCCCCAUCCAGCUGGUUGCACUCACUGACGGCGCUAUAGAUGUCCUGGAUAAUGACUUAAGUCGGGAACAGCUGACUGAGGGGGAGGAGAUUGCUCAAGAAAUUGACGGAAAGUUCACAAGUAUCCCGUGUAGCCAACCCCAGCAUAAACUUGAGAUCUUCCACCCAUUUUUUAAAGAUGUGGUGGACAAAAAGAACAUAAUCGAGGCUACUCAUAUGUACGACAAUGCUGCCGAGGCCUGCAGCACCACAGAAGAGGUGUUUAACUCCCCCCGGGCAGGCUCUCCGCUCUGCAACUCAAACCUGCAGGAUUCUGAAGAAGAUAUCGAGCCCACUUCUUAUAGCCUGUUUCGAGAAGACACAUCACUGCCCUCUCUGUCCAAAGACCAUUCUAAGCUCUCUAUGGAACUGGAGGGAAAUGACGGGCUGUCUUUCAUCAUGAGCAAUUUUGAGAGUAAACUGAACAACAAAGUACCUCCGCCAGUCAAACCAAAGCCUCCUGUCCAUUUUGAAAUUACCAAGGGGGAUCUGUCUUAUUUAGACCAAGGCCAUAGAGAUGGACAGAGGAAGUCUGUGUCUUCUAGCACCUGGCUACCUCCAGAUGGGUUCGAUCCUUCUGAUUAUGCCGAACCCAUGGAUGCUGUGGUCAAGCCAAGGAAUGAAGAAGAAAACAUAUACUCAGUGCCCCACGACAGCACCCAAGGCAAAAUCAUCACCAUUCGGAAUAUCAACAAAGCCCAGUCCAAUGGCAGUGGGAAUGGUUCCGACAGCGAAAUGGACACUAGUUCUCUAGAGCGAGGACGCAAGGUAUCCAUCGUGAGCAAGCCAGUGCUGUACAGGACGAGAUGCAGCCGGCUGGGGAGGUUUGCUAGUUAUCGAACCAGCUUCACCGUGGGGAGCGAUGAUGAGCUUGGGCCCAUCCGAAAAAAAGAGGAGGAUCAGGCAUCCCAGGGUUAUAAAGGGGACAGCGCCGUCAUUCCAUAUGAGACAGAUGAAGACCCAAGGAGGAGGAAUAUUCUUCGCAGUCUAAGAAGGAACACUAAGAGAAAGACAUCUUGGUGAGACACCACAACAGAACCCUGUCAACUGACUCUGUUAGGUGCGGGCCCGCCCCCAGCAUUGUGUAUUAUCUGGAGGCUGGUUCUGCAGCUCAUAUCGGUUAAUGGAGACGGAGGAACAUGGUGCCAUGGCCCUCACAGGGAAGACCUAUUCACUUUGUGUUCCCUGACAGCAUACAGCAUGCUUCUUAAUCACCACUGGCCAGAGCUUCCAGAAUUUUCCUACCUAUAGAAUUUCAGAAAGGGCAGGGCAGUAUCCUUGUGUGUUCUGUUCCCCUGCCGUUCUGAGCUGUAUAUCAGUAAAUGUCAUAGGCAUUCUUCUGUUUGCUCUCCCUGUGGUUUGCGUUUACAUUUCUAUACCUUUAUCCGCCUGCAGUAUUUUGUUCUCCAAGUUAGCGGGCAGACCAGUGGAAAGCAGUUCUUAUUAGGAAGCCAGAAAGUAGCCUGACCAGCCUGCCAGUAUUUCCGCAGAGCUCUCCUGUUUGAUGGUACUGGAAUCCAAACAUUUUGAACAUUUUGGCUUUCUUCUCUUCCUCCUCCACUCCCAGUGAAGACUGUCGCUAGCACAGCGAAUCUAAACGCUGACAGUCUUUUUGAGUGUGGAGGUGUCUGCACACCUGGGAAUUAGGAAGGUGGCAUAAUACCACAUUGCGAAUCAUAAUGGGUUUUCUGACUUCACGCUACAUUUUUAAUACUGUUGGAAAUAAAGCUUUUAAAACACACUCCCAAACAAGCUGUGCUUUAAAGAGUAGGCUCAGCAGGGAGCAGCUGGUUGCCUGAGCCUCUGGGAUGGCCGCCUCCACGCCGGCAAUGAGUGCCUCCUAAUCCGGAGCUGCCUCGCGCCGGGUUGCCGGGUCAGCACGCAAGAAGUGGUCGGCUUCCCGUCUGUCUUGGUUACGUGGGCCACACCUCUCCUAGUCAAAUAAAAAUGAUACCUCUGGCCCAGGAGCAAUAGCGUGCCAGAAGUCAUUUAGGAGUAUCCUUUGGAAAGAGUGAGUAAAAGGUGAAAUUGUCUUUUCCUGCCUUGGAAAAUGGUGCCUUAAAAUGAGCGUAGCUGCUUUGUCAUCCUAGUGCAGAGAUAAGCAAAGUUUUCAUUCUGUUCCUGGUUGGAGCAAACCUCCUAUUAAAAUUUGCUGCCGUUAAGAAAUCAGACUGACGCUUGUUUACUGGGAAAGCAAGGUACCAUGGGGCAGAGAAUGCCAAGCCACCCCCUACGUGGGGGAUUUGGCCUUUGAUUUUUAUUGGCAUGACAAAGCAGUACAGUAUUUAUUUGAAGUGAGGGGAGAGCCAUUUGGUAAUGGGAAACACACUUAGUUCCUCCUGCAUGCCACACACCACUGGGGAAAUGGCACAGACCCGUCCUGCCCAGACCUUAGCACCCAGUUGAGGCAGCAAGACCUACACAGCUUCUGAAAAUAGGUGGUCUGCCUAAGAGGGGGAGGGGAGGGGGUCUGUGUGGGGCAGAGCAGACAUCCUGUGCUGGGGGUGGUUAAGGUAGUGCAGUGUGUGGUGAUCAGGAGCUCUGGGAAUCAGGGGGCCUAAGUCAAAACCCAGUUCCUCCGCUUCCUUACUGGGCCUUCGGGCACUUGAUUCACCUCUCCGCGUCCCUUCUGCAAAAGGGGCGGACUUAGUAGCACCUUUCUCAUACGGUGUGGGAGACGGGAUGAGAUUGUGCCUGUAAGACACUGAGCAUAGUGCAUGCUGGAUAAGCGUUAGUUAUUAUUAUUUAACUUGACCUUGAAGAAUGAGUAGAAUUGAAGAAGUGGUGUGAGGUAGGGAAAGGCUUGAAGGUGAAAAUAUGCAUGUUGUAUUCAAGGAUGCGAGAAAACUGGUCUGGUCUAGCUGAGAGCUUGAGGGACCAACAUUGUCCCUCCCUUUUGUAUAAGUUUUAACCCUGUGUGUUACUUGGCUGCUUUCUCCGCCCUUACCCUAGCGACAGCCCUAACAACAACCAAAAAAGCUGUGCUCUGGGUACCUGUGUGAUGUGGAGAAAGAGAAAUUGCUCAGUGCCCUUGGCUCAUAUGCUAGAUUAGCCCCUUACUGUAAAACUGGAGUUAGAGUGAGAGAAUGGCUUUCAUUUCUGCUCAUGAAAGUGCAAACUGUAAAGCAGCUGACUCUCAUUCUGGGUCCUUUUCCCAGCUGAACCAUUUAGUAACCCACCCUCAUAGUGGGAGCCUUCCGCACUCAGCUGAAUGAAAUUGAAAAUCUACGCUUGCACUUCAGUGGGGUCCAUGAAUAGAUGCUUUGUCUGUAAAGAGUUGUCGUUGCACAUGGUCUCUGUCUCCCAGUGCCAUGCGUUUGCAAAGAUGAGAUCAGGACCAGCAGGGUCUUAUUUUAAAGCCAAAAAACAGGCUGGGGUGCCUUGCUGCACACAAUGUGCUGUUCGGGCAAGCUCAAACUGCUGAAUUCGUUGUGCUUGGCCACAGAUUUAGAGGAGACGUUACCGGCUAUUUUACCCUUCUAUCUGACGUGCUCUUGUUUUGUGGGGUUUUUUUAAAAAAAGACAAAAACAGAAUGAUAAAGAAAAUCUUUCACUCACUCCAGCUACCACAUGACAAGACAACCUAUUGAAAAGCAAACCAAUUCAAUCACGCAUUGUUUGGUCUAUAAGGCACCAAGUAACCAGUUUGACAGUUUGUGUCCCCCCCCGCCCCCCCCCCCCAGUGAAUUGGCUUAUUUCAUUGGAUUCAGUGAAUUGGCUGGUUGUUGUGGCUUUGUGUGGACACAGCUCUCAUUUUGUGAGGCCGAGAACGGAGUUAAAGUUUCUAGUGUGAAUAAAAACCAGCUGGGGAAUUGGACUGCUCGCUCCACAGGGAGGGAUGUUGCAUUUUGACAAGCUGAAAUGGUAUGAAAUAUGAGCUCUUUGUAGCCUGCUCGGGAAAGACUCUCAGUGUGUGCUUCAGAAAAGGCUAAGCCCUGCCCCAUGAGCUCUAAGUCCAGAUAAAUACCUUGGUCUUAAAAGUGGGGUAGGGGUGCUGACUUGACCUUGGAUUUUCUGAAUCCCGAAAGAAUUUUAUCUUUUAAAAGAAGUACUCUUGCUCCAAAGCACAUGUUCAUUCAUUCUUUUAGGAAGGAAACAUUCAACUCCUCGCACGGGCAUUUCCUGAGCACUUGUAUGCCUGGUGUUGUGCUAAGUAUCAUAUGUGCGGUAGUUGCGUCCAUCUAGUUUACCGUAACAGAGAAUGAUAGAUUUUAUACAUGUAUUUACGUGCAUUUUGAAUGUUGCCGGAGUGGAGGCGCAGGGUGCUAAGGAAUUGUAUAGCAAGGAGUUUUACCCUCACCUAGGAUAUCUGGGAAAGCUCCCAGAGGAAAUGAUAUAUAAAGCUGAGACUGAAAGGAUGAAGCAGGCAAAGUCAGUGAAGAUGGAGGCUUCCUGGGUCGAGCUUUUGAGAAAACAGUGUGGAACUUGGAGCUGAAAAAAAUGUGGCAUGUGCUAAGACUUGAAAGAGACCUAGAGCGGCUACUGUAGAGGGUGAGGGAGAACUGGGCAGAAUAACAGAGGGCUACGGAUCCCAUGUGAAAGACUUUGUACUUUCCUACAUUUACUGAAUACCUACUGUAUGCCAGGUACAGUACUAGGCAUUUUCACAUCAAUUUUUCAUCUAUUUCUCUUAACAAUCUUAAGGAAGUGAUUUUUUAAAAUCCUGGUUUUAGAGAUGAGGAGACUGAGUCUCAGUGCCCCCAAAUUAGUGUAGUUACUGAGUGGAAGUUGAGAUUUUGGAACCCCAGUCUUCUGACUUCUGCUUCCAGUGGGUUUUUAGAGUCCCUUCUCCAGGAAAGAUGGUACUAUUCCAUAGCCAGGCACACAGUUGGAGUACUCAGUCAGUCCAGUCAAUUUGUUCAUUUUAGACAAAGGACUUUGCUUAUUAUCUAACAACAUCUAUUUCCCCACACUGCCCCCUAAGAACAGCAUAGUGCUGUUUGUUUCUUGCUUCAGUGUCUACUUGAGUAGAGGACAAAAAAGGCAUGGAGACACUGAAAUAGCAACUGGAACUUUGAGAAAUUGUUUUGAACUGGUGUCACUCGGUUCUCAGUUUAUUUUAAGCCCAAAGAACUGCUGUAGUUUGUUUUUGGUGACAAAAAUAGGCUAUCUUUAACUAUCUGCUUUAGCUUAGAGCACACCUGUUCUUUUAAAAAAGAAAAAAAAAUUACAAUAGUCAACCCAAAUCUAUUUUUCAAAGAACAGAGAAUUGCUCUGAUCUUCACUGGGCCAACUUGUUCUCCUCUACCACCUAGUGAUACUGAAAUAUCUUUGUAGGAACUCAGAUUAUUUCAGCUCGAAUCAGGGAUCACCUCUACUUCCAUAGAGAAAGGCCUUCUGAAUGCUUUUUAUACAGUAUUUGAGAGGAGGCUAGCAGGUGAAAACUGACCCCCACAGCUCUGGAAAGUCCAGAUUCAGUGGGUGUUGAACCAGGCAGGAAUGUUUAUAAACACUUCCUGGAACUAGUGGACCCUCCUCCCUGCUUAGCCCCCUACUGCAUUGGCCAUUCAGCCUGAGAAGGCAACAGGGAUUGACCCAGAUUCAUGCCUUUAUAGGGCAAAAAGCUAUGGUCUCUAUUUAUUUGGUGCCUAUGAGGGGAUGACAUGCCUUUCUUUUCCCACCGUGCCAGAGGGAGGGUUAGGGAUGCUAGGAGACUUCGUGCUACUUCCUGGUUCAUCCCUAAAUAAAGAUGCUCCAAGUGGGAGAGUGGCCGGGUCAUAGUACUGACUGCCAGCUUGAAGGAGACAAGGCUAAGCAUUUGUGCUUUCAUAAUAGACUUUGCCAGUCAGAACAGAUCCGUCCCCAGGUUUUCUCUUGAACUUGGGCUUAGAUUUUUUCAGAGCCAGAAGGGGGAGCACCAGUCAGCCAAGAAUACCUGUGGGGCAUGAGCGAGUAACGUAAUUGAAAAGGUCCUUUUGAAGCUGUGUUGGAAAUAGGAGGGAAUCAUCACCAAUCAGAAAGCUGUAAUGUUGAAUAUAGAAUGCAAGAAAACACUUUGGGGGAAACCUAGAGUAAUGUAGUUUAUGGAAUCUUUUGUUUUUUCUAAGAUUCCUACCAGUUACAGUUAGUUCAGGGUGUGCCACUAUACAACUUGGCAGACCAUGUGUGUGACCCUCUAGGGCUUUGCUGGUAUCGGUUUCACUCUCAAGAGGGAGAAUUGCCCCACUCAGAGGACACCGUCCCUGUUGCAGACUACAUUCUGUAUAUGGCAUUCCUCCUGAAAAACAGAAACGCAGACUGGAUUCUGUUUUUUAUUUGCUGUAUUAGGUAUGUUACCAAGCAUUUAAAAGGCUGUGCUAGGUGGUACACCUCCAGUGACCGCGUUUUCUGACCCUAAAAUCUGGAUAAGUAAUUUGACGUGGAUAAGGGUAUCUAUGGAGACGGGGAGAGAAUAUUUGAAGUUGGCAGUUUAGGAUCACUGAAUAGCUGUACCUGCUGUUUCCAUAGAAGAUAGAAUAUUCUUUAUCCAGAAAGAGUGGCUGACCUCUCCAUUGAGGCUGUGGGAGACUUCUUUUUUCUUUGUGACUCAGUUGGUUUUUAUCGGAUAUCUAGAUCACCUUUGCUUGCUGUAGACAUGUAUCUUCUCUAAUACCCAUUAGAUUGUAAGUUCACUGAGGGCGAGAGAUGACUUUAGUAUUAGCUCUGCUGCUAGUCUGUUAGGUGACCUUGGGUAUAAUUCAUUAAAAAGGAAAAAUGCCUAGAUUCCUGCACACUGGAAACUUAGCCCAUUAGGAGAAUGGUCAUAUGUGCAUGUAGAGGACUAUCCCUUGUUCAGUGCUCACAGAGUGAUACAGGGAAUUCAUGACCUCAUCUGUUUUUUAAAACGGAGUCUGUGAUAUACUACUGUCAGUAUGAACAUGACGUUCUGAGCCUCACCUCACAUCCUAGUAAGAGCAGAACAAUGUUAGAAGACAAAAAAAAUACUCUGGUACCCACAGAGAUAGUCAUCAUCUCAGCUAAACUUGAAAAAAAUAUAAAGAAACAUUGGCCUUGUACAUUACUGGAAACUGUUUUUGUUCAAGAAAUGUAUUGAGUGUCAAUUGCACAUCAGGCUCUGGAACCCAGUCAUUUUACAGGCUGAUAGAAGGUCUCCUUCUCUUGGCUGUUACUAUUCUUUGGCUGGCAUUCUAAUCAUUUUCUUGCCCCGUGGACUUGGAGGAGCUUUGGGGUGGGCGUACUGUCCCAUAAGCAGGAGUUUCCCCUUUAUGCUCUGUUCUUGUUUCAGAAAGGCCAAGAGGCCAGAGGCAAAUUCCAAUCACCAUUUCUCCCCAGUGCAACACUGGCAUAAGCUAUUGGUUUAUUUCUUUGUUUCCUCUGCCACCUGGUUAGUAUCAAGACUAAGAAUCAGGCAUGUUUUUAAGGAAACUGUGAAGUAAAGAACAAUGGACUAUGUUAUUUAUUCAAAAAAUAUCUAUCCAAAGGACAAGGUGAAGAUGAUUUGAGCUGACCCAGUCCUUUGUUUCUGUCAGCGGUGUGUUUCAUCAUGGAGAUAGUUCAUGUAGGGGAAGGAACGUGGGGCUUUGACAUUCGUAUAUCACUGGCCUCUGAAUCCUGGCUCUCUCAGUGCUGGGUAUGAAUCUCUCUGAGCCUUUGUUCUCUCAUCUGUAAAAUGGGGUUAAUAACCCUUACCUCGAAGGGUGGUUGUGAGGUUUCAGAUACCUGUGUAGAGCACCUAGCACAGUGUGUCUAGCACAUGGCCACUCGUGAUUAAUCACUAUUAUUUUCCAUUUUGGACCCAGUCAUACUCUAAACUUAGACCUGCAGAUGUGUAGUUUGUUCUCAGGGCUUGGUUUCCUCUGGCUAGAUGCUUUUUUCAGUUCAGCCUGCUAAUGAGUGAGCCUAAAAGAAGAGAGAUGUUGGGAUGGUGUUAUUUUCUUCUCUCCAAGGACCUGCUGCUGAGGGUGCUCCACUGACUCCCUAAUGAGUGACACAUAUCUGACCUGGGACUGAGACAUCUGGCAGGCCACUCAGAAGAAUGGCAUUUCCAUCUUGACAUGUGCCCAGUAACCCUUCAGAUGCCUGAGGUGUUGCUUGUUAUGUCAACAGUCCGGUCCAAUUCUUGGCAUGCACCACAAAGUCUGAUUUCCUUCCUAGGAAGGUUUAGAAUUAGUUGUGCAAGAAUCCCUGCCUGAUUUUGUGACACCCUAGAGAGCCUUCAGUUAUUUCAAGGAAGUAUUUUGACAUUCUGUAAAGCAGAGUUUGUUUAAAUCUUAGAGAGAAUGAGAAUGAAUAUCCAUGUCAGUCAACAACGGGAGUUGAUGCCGUUGCCAAAGCUUACUCUCUGCUUUGUAAGUUGAAGUGCUGAACUAGGUUAGAUCUUAUUAGACUCUUUGAGGUGAGAGGGAUAAGAGCAGCUCUCUGGGACUUCCCUGGUGGCGCAGUGGUUAAGAAUCCGCCUGCCAAUGCAGGGGACACGGGUUCGAGCCCUGGUCUGGGAAGAUCCCACAUGCCACGGAGCAGCUAAGCCCGUGCGCCACAACUACUGAAGCCCCCCUGCGCGCCUAGAACCCGUGCUCCGCAGCAAGAGAAGCCAUCGCAGUGAGAAGCCCGCGUACCCCAACGAAGAGCAUCCCCUGCUCGCCGCAACUAGAGAAAGCCCGCGCGCAGCGACGAAGACCCAACGCAGGCAAAAAUAAAUAAAUAAAUAAAUAAAUAAAUUUUUAAG